AUGGGUCGCAAAUGCGUACAAUUUUGCAAUGCUCAAGCGCACAUUGACCAAGAAAAGGGUCGUGGCAUUCCUCGAUUACUUGGCAUCGCUAAGGUCGACGACUUAGACACAUCGAGCGAGGACGAGAUGUUCAAUACGCUAACCUCGAUAAUGAGUGUGUGCAUUCAAUUGGGUCAAUGCGGCAACCAGUUAGGCGCCGCGUACUGGCGCUUGGCUUCUGCUUCAAACUCUACUCACGAAGAGAGUCAUAUUCAUAAUGACUUCGAUAAAAAUCGUCAGCGUCGUCGUGCACCAAAUACUGUCGCUGUCAAUGGCUCAAUAACACUUCCUAGACACUUGUUUCAUCCGUCCACUGGAGCUGCACGCUGUAUUCUCGUAGACACGGAACCCAAAGUCGUGCAAUCUUUAUGUACAUCUACUACAGGUGAUAUGUUUUCAUUUCGUCCUGCGUUUACGCACGUGGAACAAGCGGGUCGAGGAAAUAAUUGGGCCAUGGGAUAUUACGGACCGAACUUUAAGUCUCCACUCUCGAAUCUCACGUCAUCAAGCAUGGACGAUAAGAGAGAUCUAACAGAUGCAGUUAUGGAAUCAUUACGACGUGAGAUCGAAAGUGUAGAUUUUUACCAAGGUAGCAUUGUCAUGCAUUCACUUUGUGGAGGAACAGGUGCAGGAUUUGGUUGUCGAAUAAUGGAAACUAUGCGAGAUACGUACCCAAAGGCUUAUAUUGUCACUGCAUCUGUCGCGCCAUCCUGCACUCGCGGAGACACACCCCUUCAGAAUUAUAAUGCAAUUUUGACGUUAAAAACUUUACAGGAUGUUGCUGAUGCUGUGAUAUACAAGGACAAUGACGACUUAUUGCGUACUGUCAAUCAUUGGAAAACGAUGAUUCGGGAUCAAGCUGGAAAUUUUAACGAGAACAAAAUAAUUUCUCUAGAGGAAGCUAAUAGUAUAGCUGCUGCCGACCUUGCAGGACUGCUCUUUCCCGUGACGACCGAAGAUGCAAGUUCUGUCCGACCGUUUGAUUUUGGCAAGCUACUGCACGAUGUGUGUCCCAUGUCUACAGCUAAAAUGCUUGAUGUUCGUUCCGGCCUAUGGCGAGACCGUGUCCCAUCGUUUGGACGUCAGCUCACAAAAAGAGGCUCUUCAGCCUCUUUAUUUCAUGCUCCAGUGGUCACUCAAGCACGUACGCUGGCAUAUCAGCGUGACCGUGUCGUGAACUUUGACAUGAGUUUGGACUUGCUGAAGAAGCUCGUACAGCAGACAGCAGGUUCGUUUCCACGAAAUUCUUAUUCAGCAUUGGCAUCAAGCACUAUCAUACGCGGCUUCUAUCCUUCUUCAAGCAGAACGUGUCAAUUUUCUGAGGAGCUUAGCCGCACCAUUUUUAAGUUAUUUCCAUCUGUACCUUGGUUGUCAACAAUGCCACAAGCCACAGUCUCUUACAGUAAACCUGCACCAUUUUCAUCAUUGCAAGCAAAGGUUUCUGCGACGAUUUGUAUUAAUAAUGGCAACUUUCUGGCGAGCACAACACAUUUACUUGAGCAAGCGCAGCGCCAGUUUCAAGCCGGCGCCUAUAUGCACUGGUAUAAACAGUAUGGGAUGGAAGAUGCCGACUUUGAAAUCGCCUUUGACAAAUGUGCCUCACUUAUACAAGAAUAUAAAACAUUACUGCGAUGA